UCCAGGUGCCACAAACCUCAAGACCACCCAGUGUUGUUUCUUUCAUUUGACAAGAAAUCAUGCUUUAAAGACACUCUCUUCUGUCUUCGUGUCUGUUAAGCAUCAGACAUCGACUGUAUAUGGGACACCAAAUUUACCAAGCUGUACAUGGGAAACAAGACACUUCCCCCUUUUAAUCAGGCCAAAAAUGUCGAACACAAACGGCUCGUCGCUGUUGCGUCUGGGUGUCAUACUGACGAUCACAUGUGUCAUCUCUCUGAGUGUUGUGUUUGUCUGGUUUUCACCUUCAAAACACUGUCCACCUCCAAUAUUUAGACCUGACCUAAUAAACCCUGCCAAGAGCAACAAGUCUGUAACUGAAAAAGCUGAGGACAAAUCUCUUUCUGAUAAAACAGUGGAGAAACCUAUACUUCUGUUAUGGGUUUGGCCUCAAGAUUAUAGGUUUGAUUUCAUCGACUGCAAAAACUUGUACAAUAUUGAUAAUUGCCAUCUGACGGAUGAUAGAGGUCUCUACAACGAAGCAGAUAACGUAAUCGUUUAUCACAGAGACAUUCAAUGGGAUCUGUCCAACCUUCCUCCAUCUCCUCGUCCUCCGUUCCAGAGGUGGCUUUGGCUGCAUUUGGAAUCACCAACCAACACCAAAAGGAUACCGGGUCUGGAAAACCUGUUCAAUCUCACUCUCAGCUACAGACAGGAUGCUGAUAUUCCCGUACGGAUGAGGUUGAUCACCAGUAAGAAACCUAACAAGGAUUUUGUGAUUCCCAAAAAGGACAAACUGGUGUGCUGGAUCGUAAGCAACAACGAUCCUUCAACUGGUGUUGACACGAGGAACAUUUUUUUCAGAGAACUGAGCAAAUACAUACAAGUGACUUUGUUCGGAAGAGCUUAUGCAAGAUUCCUGGAUUAUAAUGACUAUUAUCCAACCCUGGCUAGCUGCAAAUUUUACCUUGCCUUUGAGAACUCAAUCCACAAGGACUAUAUCACCGAGAAGAUAAACGGACCGCUUGCAGCAGGGACCGUCCCUGUGGUGUUGGGUCCUCCGAGAAGAAACUAUGAAAACUUUGUUCCCGCUGAGUCCUUCAUUCAUGUCAAUGACUUCUCAGACGCAAAGUCACUAGCUGAGUAUCUGCUUCAGCUGGACAGGGAUGACAAUGCAUAUCAGCAGUACUUUAACUGGAGGAAACAUCUCACUCCAAGUCCUCAUUUAAUAUUACAGACACAAGAGUUUAUUCUGGCUAUCUGCACUGCCUGUGAUCAUGUAGCACGACACAGAGAAUAUAAAGAAGCUCAUGAUCUCUAUGAUUGGUAUUUUAAUUGACUAGAACGUUUAUGAAAUAUGUUGUUUUAUAUGAACUGCUACUUUUGAUACUUAGAUUUUUUUUUAGCUGUUCAAAGUAUUUUAAUAAAUGAUUGCUUAUGGAUGAGCUAAUAAUUAAGACGCUUGAACUUGUAUUUUAUAUUCCAGCUAUGAUAUAGCUCUUUUCACUUGGUUUUUUUAAUCAGUUGUAAAUAACUCUUGAUGUAACGUGGGGAAGAAAUGCGUGUGAAUAUUUAUAUGCCGCUUUAUUAUAUUUACAAACUUCCAUUUUGUCAGCACAAGCCAAUAAAAAAAAUGCACAUGA